UUUCGAUUCUUUUUCUUAUUGAGUUUGAGCGACAUUUUCAAUCAAGUUAUCAAUUUUCAACAUUUGCAUGUUUAUGUUUUGCUCCGACAUCAAAACCAACCGUCGUCGCGAUCUUUGUCCCUUUUGACUGAGUGAAAACAGUCUUCUUCUUGCACAGAAUGGCGUCAUCGACUCUCACCCGUAAAAUCCUCGUUGGCAAUGAGAUCGAGGCCAUCCCGCCAAAGCUCGUCAAUAACGCCACACACACCUACCGCUGGACGGUCUUUGUGCGAUCCGAAAGCCCAACCACGUUCGACUUGAGCUCUGUCGUCUCGCGCGUCGAGUUCCAGCUCCUCGAAGGGCACUUUAAAAACCCACGGCGACAAAUCUCAUCACCACCAUACCAGGUCGUCGAGACCGGCUGGGGUAGCUUUGACAUCCCCAUCACCGUGUACUUUAAGGACGCCAGCCAAGCUCCAGUCAAAUUCGUUCAUCCUCUGCACUUUCCGACCGUCGACAAUACCUCCAACCUCCAGCAGAAGACGCACACAUUGACAUUUGUCAACCCUUCUGCGCAGCUACGAGCGGCACUACUUGCCAAGCCGACAGCAGCGGCAGUCGCAGCCGCAGCUGCGGGGGGUCCGAAAAAGUCUCGCCGGGCGGUCGAUUCCGAUUCGGAGGAUAACAACGACUCUGACUCGGACGGCGAGGCCUCGUCGUACCUUUCGCGCCAGAGCAAGAAGGAAAAGGAAAAGAGCAAGCAGAGUGCAUCCAAGUCAUCACACAGUUCCAAGUCGUCUCCCGUAGCCGCAGCAGCACCAGCCGCUUCGACAAAUGGAAAGUCAAGUUCCCACAAUCCAAGCGCGACAACCAAACGCGCAGCACCACGCUCGGAAGAUCUUGGGGGUGACAGCAAACGAUCUCGGUUGGAAAAAUCGCAUCCAGAGUUGAUUGAGCGGAUUCAAACGCGUAUUUCAAGUCUCUGUACCAACUCGAAAACCGAGCAACUAGCACAGGUUGCCCAGGUUAUUUUGCGCGACCCCACACGCACGCCCUCCACCGUUAGUUUGACACACUUUGAGUUUGAUCUCACUGGAUUGGAUGCUGCGGUAUUGCACGAGUUGGACGCGAUUGUUUCACAGUAAAACGUUC